AUGGCUUCCCCUGCUGCGGCAAUGCGGUCGACCCGCAAGAUCGCACAGAGCGUCGUCCAACAGCGUCGGUCGCUGUCCGAUGUCACGAUCACCCGAACCGGCAAACCCAUCAUCAGGACACAGGGUGGAAGGUCAUCUCUUGGAGGUCAUACCGCGACGGUCUUCGGUGCAACGGGUGCUCUUGGACGAUACAUCGUCAACAGGCUAGCACGGCAAGGAUGCAACGUCGUCGUUCCCUUCCGGGAGGAGAUGGCCUCGCGCCAUCUCAAGGUCUCCGGUGACCUGGGCCGGGUUACCUACAUUGAGUACGAUCUUCGAAACACGGCUUCGAUCGAGGAGAGCGUCAGGCAUUCCGAUGUGGUCUACAACCUGGUUGGCCGCAACUAUCCUACCAAGAACUUCUCUCUCGAGGACGUCCACAUCGAGGGCACGGAGAGGAUCGCCGAGGCUGUUGCCAAGUACGAUGUUGACCGCUUCAUCCACGUUUCUUCCCACAGCGUCGACCCCAACUCGCCCUCCGAGUUCCUCAGGACCAAGGCAAUUGGCGAGCAAGUCGCACGCAGCAUCUUCCCCGAGACUACCAUCGUGCGACCGGCGCCCAUGUUCGGCUUUGAGGACAACCUUCUUCUCAAGCUUGCGGGCGUCAUGAACCUGUUCACUGCCAACAACAUGCAGGAGCGCUUUGCCCCUGCUCACGUCAUCGACGUCGGUCAAGCACUCGAGGUCCUGCUGUAUGACGACAACACUGCUUCCCAGACCUACGAGCUGUACGGUCCCAAGCAGUACUCCAUGGCAGAGAUCGCUGAGAUGGUCGACCGUGAGAUCUACAAGAAGCGGAGGCACAUCAACGUUCCCAAGGCCAUCCUGAAGCCCGCCGCUGGCAUCCUCAACAGGGCACUGUGGUGGCCCGUCAUGUCCGCUGACGAGGUUGAGCGCGAGUUCCUCGAUCAGGUCAUCGACCCUACUGCCAAGACCUUCAAGGACCUCGGCAUCGAGCCCGGUGAUAUUAGCAAGUUCACCUACCACUAUCUGCAAGGAUACCGAAGCUCAGCCUUCUACGACCUGCCGCCGGCGACGGAGAAGGAGAAGAGGGAGGACAGGCAGUACCUGCACGUGCUGGACGACCAGUAG